UUACAUUUAUUUUGUUUUCAUAUUUACACCUACAGAUAAUGUUUCUGGUAUGGCAAAAUCUGGACAAUUGUAUGUUCAACAAGACGAAUUAUUUAUGGGAACGUUAACAGUUAAAGAACAUUUAAUUAUACAAGCAAGACUUCGACUUGUUGGAAGUACUGAAAGACAAAUUAGAAAGCGUGUUUCUGAGGGAUUAGAUUCUUCUAUGGCAGAAAGUGUAAUUAAUGUAAUGAAAAAAUUGGCACAAUCUGGAAGAACUGUUAUUUGUACAAUUCAUCAACCUUCUUCUACAAUUUAUAGACAAUUUGAUAUGGUUAGUUGGGAGAGACUAGCAACCCUAAGUUGGAAUGCAUUUUCAAGUUUUGGACGCGCUUUUAGAGGAAAUAAAUGGAAUCCUUUAAGAAAAAGAAUAGACACAAUUAAUUUAGAUUUAAAACAAUUAUUUUUAGUGACAAUAUUUUUUAUUAUUUUGUUGUUUCUAUUGCCUACAAUUGGAAUUUAUUUUUUGGUUUUUGGAUUGCUUUGGAGGUUGGUCGACUUGUCUAGUUUAACAUUAAAAUGGUUGGCUAGUUGUUGUAGAAGGACUAUAGAAUGGAUUGCGGUAGUUUGUUUUUAA